AAAAUCCUGUGCUUGCGCUUGUAGUAUAUAUUCUAAGUUUUUGUUCUCUUUGUUUCAUGGGCGAGAUAGAUGGAGGCUUUUGGUUUUUUAUGAGGUAUGGUUCCAAGGCUGGUGAAUGAAAUAUAACUGGUUAUCUUGUCUUUGGGUAGUCCGGGGGAAUGCAGUAGAUGCUUUAUUUUAUAAAGUGUUGAUUUACCCAAGGAAGGUUUAGAGAAGAUUUAUUUUUGCUAGGGAAAAAAAUCUGACCUGCCUCCCUUAAAUUUUUCAGCAGUUCAAUCUGUCCUACUCAAGUUAAGAAAGUCUGUAGCCAAACAAAGUUUAUUGGACUUGAGAGUUGCAGCUGGAGUUAGGCAACAUUUUUGAAUUAGCUAUAGUGAACCUAUGGGUAGGGGGUAGUGUUGUCUGUAUCAGAAGUGGAAUGGAAGAUCGUUAAACCCUCUCAAGAACUUCAUUUCUGCCCAACAAGAGGUUUUGGCAUAGAGUCCAGUAGACUUUGGAAGUUUCCGAAUAUUUUAAGUUGGCCAGUUCAAACUUUUAUGGGAAGGGAGCAGUAAAGGACAAGAAUGGACAGGCUACCCUGCAGGCCCAGUGUGUGGGAGGCACCUUCAAAGACUGAUGUGAGACCCCACUGGGAAUGGACAGGGAUCAGGAGUAUGGUCAUCAUGAAGCAUGGGUUUGACAGUUCUUGACAGACCCCAGCACAACUGCAGGCCAAGGCGAGAACCGAAGUUUGGAGGUAGACGAGCAGGCGAGCGGUUUGCCCGGGCACAGAGCAUGAAGGCCGGGCGGGCGCGGGGAGCGGGCGCCCGCCGCCCGGCGCGGGGGUGAGCAAGAGAGAGAGCGGAGCGCGUGUGGCCGGCGCCGCUCGGCCGGGAGCUCCCGCGCCCGCGCCCCGCGCCCCGCGCCCGCCGCCGCCGCCGCCGCCGCCCCUGGUGCGAUGGCGCAGAAACCCCGUUGACAAGGCACUGCUUUUUCAUGACGUUGUCAUGGAUGAUGAUGAUGACUCGUGUCUCCUUGAUCUUAUUGGAGACCCACAGGCAUUGAACUAUUUUCUACAUGGACCUAGUAAUAAAUCGAGCAAUGAGGACUUGACUAAUGCAGGAUAUUCUGCAGCCAAUUCAAAUUCAAUUUUCGCCAACUCUAGUAAUGCUGAUCCUAAGUCAUCCCUCAAAGCUGUAAGCAGCCAGCUUGGAGAAGGGCCCAGUGAUGGACUGCCACUUUCAAGUAGCCUUCAGUUUCUUGAAGAUGAACUUGAGUCUUCUCCUCUUCCUGAUCUCAGUGAGGACCAACCUUUCGACAUUCUUCAGAAAUCCUUGCAGGAGGCCAAUAUCACUGAACAGACAUUGGCAGAAGAGGCAUAUCUGGACGCCAGUAUAGGUUCAAGCCAACAGUUUGCACAAGCUCAGCUUCAUCCCUCUUCAUCAGCAUCCUUUACUCAGGCUUCUAAUAUUUCUAAUUACUCAGGUCAGACGCUGCAGCCUAUAGGGGUGACUCAUGUGCCUGUUGGCACAUCGUUUGCAAGCAAUACAGUGGGUGUGCACCAUGGCUUUAUGCACCACGUGGGGAUCAGUGUGCCCAGCCAGCAUUUGUCUAAUAACAGUCAGAUUAGUGGUUCUGGUCAAAUACAGUUAAUUGGGUCAUUUGGUAGUCAACCUUCCAUGAUGACUAUUAAUAACCUAGAUGGAUCUCAAAUCAUAUUAAAGGGUAGUGGGCAACAAGCCCCAUCAGAUGUGAGUGGAGGGCUUCUGGUCCACAGACAGACUCCUAAUGGCAGCUCCUUGUUUGGGAGCUCCAGUUCCAGCCCAGCAGCACAGCCUGUUACCGUUCCAUUUAAUAGCACAAAUUUCCAAACAUCUUUACCUGUGCAUAACAUCAUCAUACAAAGGGGUCUUGCACCAAAUUCAAAUAAAGUCCCAAUUAAUAUCCAGCCAAAGCCUAUCCAAAUGGGUCAGCAAAACACAUACAAUGUGAACAAUUUGGGAAUACAGCAGCACCAUGUUCAGCCAGGGAUCUCGUUCGCCUCUGCGAGCUCACCCCAGGGCUCAGUGGUUGGUCCGCACAUGUCGGUGAACAUUGUAAACCAACAGAACACAAGGAAGCCAGUCACCUCGCAGGCCGUGAGCAGCGCUGGGGGCAGUAUCGUUAUUCAUUCUCCCAUGGGCCAGCCUCACACACCCCAGAGUCAGUUCCUCAUACCUACAAGCCUUUCCGUCAGUUCCAACUCGGUACACCACGUCCAGACCAUAAAUGGGCAACUUCUUCAGACUCAACCCUCUCAGCUCAUUUCUGGCCAAGUGACCUCAGAGCAUGUCAUGUUGAACAGAAACUCUUCCAGCAUGCUCAGGACCAACCAACCAUAUUCUGGACAGAUGCUGAACAACCAGAAUACUGCCGUCCAGUUAGUGUCUGGGCAGACGUUCGCCGCCUCUGGAAGUCCAGUGAUAGUCAAUCAUGCCUCUCCUCAGAUCGUUGGUGGGCAGAUGCCCUUGCAGCAGGCAUCGCCAACCGUCUUGCACCUGUCCCCUGGGCAGAGCAGCGUCUCCCAAGGAAGACCUGGCUUCGCCGCCAUGCCCUCGGUGACAAGCAUGUCAGGACCUAGUCGGUUCCCUGUUGUCAGCUCAUCCAGCACUGCCCAUCCUAGUCUUGGGGCUGCGGUUCAGUCUGGUGCAUCAGGAUCAAACUUUACGGGAGAUCAGCUGACCCAGCCAAACAGGACUCCAGUACCGGUCAGUGUGUCUCAUCGUCUUCCAGUUCCUUCUUCCAAAUCUACUAGCACCUUCAAUAACACACCUGGAGCAGGAAGCCAGCAACAGUUCUUCUGUCAGGCUCAAAAAAAAAGUUUGAAUCAGACUUCCCCCAUUUCUGCUUCCAAGACUGCAGAUGGCCUGAGACAAGCGCCCAUCCCAGGCCUCUUGAGCACAGCACUGCCAGGACAGGAUUCUGGAAGCAAAGCUAUACCGGUGUCCUUAGGAACCACACAACCACAGCAGGAAAAAGUCGUUGGAUCAUCUCCUGGCCAGCCAGUUGUGCAGGUGGACAGUCAUUCGGGAGGACAAAAGAGGCCUGCUGCAAAACAGCUAACUAAAGGAGCUUUCAUUCUCCAGCAGUUACAGAGGGACCAAACCCACACCGUGACACCUGAUAAAAGUCAGUUCCGAUCACUCAGUGACGCAGUGCAAAGGCUGCUCUCCUACCAUGUGUGCCAGGGCUCCAUGCCCACGGAGGAAGACCUGAAGAAAGUUGACAAUGAAUUUGAAACAGUUGCCACUCAGCUCCUAAAAAGGACCCAAGCUAUGCUUAACAAGUACAGAUGCCUGCUCCUGGAAGAUGCCAUGCGGAUCAAUCCCUCCGCUGAGAUGGUGAUGAUCGACAGAAUGUUCAACCAAGAGGAAAGAGCUGCUCUGUCCCGGGACAAGCGUCUGGCACUUGUAGACCCCGAGGGCUUUCAGGCUGAUUUCUGUUGUUCCUUCAAACUCGAUAAAGCUGCUCAUGAGACGCAGUUUGGCAGGAGUGACCAGCACGGCAGUAAAACAGCCAGUUCUGUGUAUCUGACGGCCAAGGCCCAGAGCAGAGACAGAGCCAAAGCAGGCGCGGCAGAACCCACGAAUCAUGACCAGUUUCAUCUAGUGCCUAAUCACAUCGUGGUCUCCGCAGAAGGAAACAUUGCUAAAAAAACCGAAUGCCUCGGCAGAGCACUGAAAUUUGACAAAAUGGGCUCAGUUCAGUACCGGAGUGCGUCUGAAGAGAAAACCAGCCGGAAGGACUCUGUGAAAGGCAGUGAGUGCUCUCCCGGCCCUGAAGGGCACCGGAAGAACUCGUCCAGACCAGAUCACGGUCCUGAGAGCAAACUCUCAAGCCUCCUAGUAGAUUCGCACCUGGAGAUGACGUGUAAUAGCUCCUUCCAGGACAAGACUCUGCGGAAUUCUCCAAAGAAUGAAGUUUUACACACAGACAUCAUGAAAGGGUCAGCCGAGCCCCAGCCUGAUCUCCAGCUCACUAAGAGUUUAGAAACAACGUUUAAGAACAUCUUGGAACUCAAAAAGGCGGGGCGGCAGCCCCAGAGUGACCCCACGGUUAGCGGCUCUGUUGAGUUAGAUUUCCCCAACUUUUCUCCAAUGGCUUCGCAGGAAAACUGCCUGGAAAAGUUCAUCCCGGACCACAGUGAAGGCAUUGUAGAAACUGACUCCAUUUUAGAAGCAGCUGUAAAUAGUAUCCUAGAGUGUUAAUAGCCGCAGUCCUCCCCCACCUGCCCCUGAGACCCUGCCCCAGACAAGUUACAUUCUUUCCUGGCAAAAGCAAUGGAAAUGGUCUCCUGUCUCCAGCCUGCUUGAUCUUUCAUCACAGCUUAUUCUUUCUAAUCUCAAUCCCAUUCUUUGUUUAAGAGCAAUACUCGUCGUGGUUACAGGGAGAUCCUUCAGUAAAACUGAUCCUUGUUAGAAAGCAGUCUGAUGGGCCCUACACAUUUCAAGUGUUUUGAAAGUGCUUAUAGUCAUUUUUUUGUUUGUUUUUGUUUAUCUGUUUUAUUUUUUUUAAACACUGUAACUCAAUGAGAUCACAGUACACUAGGCCCUGGGUAAAAUUCUGACAAUCAUAAGUCAUUUGAAAAGAACAGACUUAUUAAAGAAAAUCAAACAGGACUGAUAGAAGAUACUUUCUAAAGAAAUCCCACUGCAUCUCCAAAUUUUGGCUUUGGGGGGGUCUUGGGGUGUCAUGGGCCGGGAGACCACAUGGCUCUCCCCUUGGCCGCCUCCGAGCAGUUAGUCCUGGCUGCUCUGCCAGGACCCACGGCCCUGGCGUGAGCACCUGUAGCGCACAAGCAGGGCUUCCUGUUCAUCGUUCAAGUGCUUUUCUGAUGCUCCCGGAGCAAAACCUCACCUCUUCAGCAUAUCCGCGUUGAGUUUCAUCUAGGGAAUACUUUGUUUUGAGUUGCGACAGCACGACUUGAGAUAAUCUCACCAGGCGAAAUAAAAGAAAAUGGAAACCAGUUAAGUGGCACAGUGUACAGGGGAGGCCAGGAUAGAGCCAUGAGGUUUAUAAUAUGUAUAUAUGUAAAAGCAUAUAUAUGUUAACUAUUGAGAAAAAACAAGGGUUUUGCGUUCUAUAAUUGGAUCUAGGCAGCAUACAAUGUAUGUUUUUGUUGGUUGCUGGGUUUUGUUGCAUUUAACCUCUCUUUGCACCCCUCCCACAACAAAUAGGCAAGCGUCAAAAGUAUUUUCAUUUGAAAACUAUGUUGUAAUUUUUCAGUUUAAACGUUAAGGGGACUUUGGCCUUGUUUCUGCUUCUUGUUGUCUGAGAACAGUAGUCACCCCUGGCAGCAAUCAUUACCAAAACACAGACAAACCAAAGGUAACCAGCCAGCCCACCACUGAGAGGAAAGAUCUGAGACCUGGGAUUCCCACUUGAGAGCCAAAGGACAUUCCCUGCCAUAGUUUGUGUUUGGCCCACGUUCAUGUUCGUGAACGUGAUUUAUUGCUUUAUUUAUUUAUAUUUCUUUUCAGGGAGCUUUCCCCAGUUUCCUUUCUUGUAUACCUGCCCCAGGUCAUCCCAUUUCUGUUGACACUUUCAUUCUCAAUGUCAUUGUAACCAUCAGUAUCUCCUAGCAUUGGGAAAGCUACAUGUGGUAUUUUGUAUGUACCCUCUUACAUACAUGUGUGCGUGCGUGUGUCUGGGCUGUUCAGAUCCAGAGGUCAUUUUGGCGACAGUGUGUACACGCUCGCCCUCCCUGUUAUGUGCACGGGCUCUCACUUAUUCUGUCCAUCUCUCUGGCUUUAGAGGCACAACCCAUGCUGCGCCACCCUAACGUGUUGCCAAGAUCCGCUUCUGGCCAUCCCCAGAAUGGGGAUGACCCCCCUGUCGUCAUGUUGGGCAUUUCUCUUCCAGGUUGGCCUGCAAUGGAAAGGAAGGCUUCUGAUUACUAGAAAACACAGUAACAGAAGACCUAGACUCUCCCUGCUCCUUAGUCCCCCAAACAAAGAAACCCUGUGAGACAGCCAGUCUUCACAAAAGCAAAAUACCUUCUCCCCACUCCCACCCCUGAGCCAAUAGAAAUUGGAAAAUCUGGGCCAUUUUACGGUGACCAUGUUUUCCUUAUUUGUGCCAAUGUCCAAGUUGCAGAUUUCCCCUUCUUCCUGUAUUGUAACAUAUUAGAAAGAUAAGUUGGUAUUGCCAGUUGGAACUUUCUGUUUGGGUAGCCCUGGGGUAACACCCUGCCCUGAACCCCAUGAUUUCAUAGGCUCUUCUCUUAGGGCUCAUGCUCCCCUAAUUCCUAGCAAGACUUAAAGAUGGUCCCUCCUGAUCAAAUUCUUCUCAUUGUGGAAAUUUAUACGUAGAAGCCUUCACGGAGGCUACUAAUGAGUUACACUAAUUACUGAAUCAGUGGAAUGCUUAAGAGACAAGAUAAGCUCCAUGUACGUUUGUCACCUCUCUUUCUUCCCUACCCUGCCCUGCUACCCCAGUCCCAACUUUUCGAUAUACCAUCUUAAAGGGUUUUUUAAGCCUUGACACUUGUCUAGAAAACGGAGAGCCUAAUUUACCAAAAUGAAACUUGUAAAUUUUUGUGUCCUUGUAUGUAAGUUUACUUUUUAUGGAGGAAAGAUUCUAGAUAAUGACAAAUGACGAUUAUGAAAUGUAUUUUACUCCUGUGAUUAGGUCAUAACUCGCAUGUCGAGGCCCCUCUGGUGGAGGGUGAGAGCUCAGCCUCGGAUGGCCAACAUUCAGUUGUUCAGAUUCAUUAGUCAAAGUUAAGUUUUAGAGCUACUCAUACUCAGUAACAAAAAUCAUUUUCUUUUCUUUUUUUUUUUUUUUCCUGUUGUGGAAAAGUGUGAAUUUGUUAUUAAGCAUUUGAUUUUCUGUGUCCUUAAGUACUGCCUAAAGAUAAAGCAAAUUUUAAACUGGCAAUUACGAAAAAGAACUAUUUUAGCGCUGAAGAAUUUAGCAGACUUUGUUAGAUUAGGGAGGCCUUACAGACUGACUUGACUUAAAGAGGACGCGUCACUCACUGUCAGUGUGGUGUGGGCUUUAUUUGCUUAAAUACCUUCAUUUGUAUAGUAUGUCUCACUUGAAAUUGCUUUGUAUACAUUUUGUAAAAAUAUUUAUAAAAUGUUUUGUAAAAAAAAAGUAUAACAAAUUGCAGUUUAUUUUGUUAUGUUGGAUAAAUACUGUUAAAAGAAACCAGUCAGUAACUAUAUUGUUAAUCCAUGGUUAGGAAAUGUUUAGUUGGAGAUUACAAAAUGAAACAACCAUUGCAAUACAGCCAAAGAUUUGGGAAAAUGUGCAACUGUGAUUGUCUUGAUUUUGCAAAGAGGAAUGGCUGCUUUUCCCAGAAGAAAAGGGAACGAGAAGGCUAAGGGAUAGGCAUGUGCUGGAGCCUGGCCUUUGAAAACACUUUCAAAGGUGAGAUCCUUAGGGAAAAAUCGUGUCUGUGAAGGUCAAGGAAAGCAGUACAAUGGGGGGUGGGAGGCGGGCGGGUGCAGAAGGUGCCUUUGGCAGCAGAAUCUGGAAACAGGUCCCAGGACUUCACCUAACCCAUCAUCAGACACCUUUGUGCAAGUUACUCUCAGCCUCAGCUUCCUUGCAGAUAAACUAGGAAGACUUGUCCCGACCCUCUACUUCUUAGGGUGUAAAAUGAAGUCUUACUGAAGAAGUGUGGAAGGUAGGAAAAGCUAAUGUUCCAUUAUCCCCGAAAUAAUUGAGAAGAGGUUUGGGUUUUUUCCGUUUUGCAUUUAUUCUUACCUACUGCACACCGUCUCCUUCCUACCCUAGCUCUCCUGUGUCUACCCUCGACCCUCAGAAGGCUGCUGCCCUCCAGCUGUUCUCUCCUUUUCCUUCUCACUUUUGCUCCCUUUGCUCGUUUUGCAUCAGGAUCAAAAGCUGUUGUCCAUGUUGUCUUCCCUGACUCCAGGCUCAUCUGGCUGCUCUUCCCACUUGCCUCCUGGUAACCCACAUCACUCUCUGAGGAAGCAACAAGGAAAACUUGAAGCAAAACGAAGUCAACUGCAAGAAGGGUCAUAAUCCAAGAAAGAGUAAGACACAUGGUGAGGUGCUGAAAGAGCGAGUAAAAAUGAAGCUCACGCCAUAGCCUGUGACUCUGAAGACUAUGUAGACCUUUGACAUUUAUUCGUCAGCUACUGAGCUCUGCGCAAGGUUUCAGAAAAACACGGGACGGGACUUUUCAUUGUUUUAUGAAGACCGGGAAAGAAGGAAGCAUAUGGCAGGUGGUUAAGAACUAUAUGAGGGAAGGUCCUGACUUGGUAAUCCAUACACAGCUCCACCCACACGUGAGAGCCAAAACCAUAGACCCAGCUCUUCCCUCCCAGAAAAGGAAACGUGCAGCCCAGCGAGCGGAAAUUGGAGGAGCAGCUCCCACCCCCACCGGAAGUCGGUGCAUUGUGGGAAGCGUUUCGUUGUUUGUUUACACUGUGGCCUCCAGCAUUAUGAGAGUACAGCUGGAAUAAAAAAAGGCUGUGUUUUGAAGAUAACACGGCUCUAAAAAGCUUCGAAGCGGUGCGAAGGAAGCUUUGUGCAACUUUUGGCGGGAAUCGGGAUUAGCAAAACCUCAGCUGUUCACUGCCGCUAAAACGGCCCGGACCGCCCCUCCAGGGGCUAGAGUAGACGUCUCUAUGGUCGAGUAAACAGAGAAGGUUCUCUCUUCCCCACGCGGUGGGGCUGCGCAUGAGCAGUAGCCGCAGAGUUGGAAAGAUGGCGGAGGAAGAGCCAAGAAAAAAGAUCCCUUUGGUUCCAGAAAAUCUCCUGAAAAAGAGGAAGGCUUAUCAGGCCCUGAAAGCCACCCAGGCAAAGCAGGCGCUUUUGCAAAGGAAGGAGCAGAGGAAAGGAAAAGAGAUCAAGUUUAAGCGACUAGAAUGGUUCCUACAUGAUUCCUGGCGGCAACUACGUGACAAGGUGCGACUCAGACGACUAGAAGUGAAACCUCAUGGCUUGGAAGUGCCAGAUAAGCAUUCCUUGGCCUUUGUUUUACGCAUCGAAAGGAUUAAUGGGGUGAGUUUACUGGUGCAGAGGACCAUUGCAAGACUUCGCCUGAGUAAGAUUUUCAGUGGUGUCUUUAUGCAAGUAACUCCUCGGACCAUAAAAACGCUUCGUAUAGUGGAACCUUAUGUGACCUGGGGAUUUCCAAAUUUGAAGUCAGUUCGGGAACUCAUCUUGAAACGUGGACAAGCCAAGGUCAAGAAUAAAAUCAUCCCUUUGACAGACAACACGGUGAUUGAGGAGCACCUGGGGAGGUUUGGUGUCAUUUGCCUGGAAGACCUCAUUCACGAAAUUGCCUUUCCGGGGAAGAAUUUUCAGGUGAUCUCAGGAUUCUUGCGCCCUUUCCAACUCUCAGUAGCCCGUCACGCUACCAAGAAUAGAGUGGGCUUCCUCAAGGAAGUGGGCUCACCUGGCUAUCGAGGUGAACGCAUCAAUCAGCUCAUCCGGCAGCUGAACUAAACCCAGCAUAUCUGAAAGCACAGUGCGUUGGAAGCAUGUGUUUUUGUUUUAUGGAAUUGUUACCCAGUAUCUUCAAGCAAGAUUAUUUUCUGCUGUAUCUUCAGAAACUGGAGGGGAAGGGUCAGAGAAAAGAUGGCGAUGUUCAGGGCAGGCACUUUUCAUCCCACUUCAGUUCCAAGAAAAAGUUCCUGUGUGUUUUCUGCAAAGACCGCCGUCCACCUCAUACCAGCAAAGGACUUGUGCCAUGGAGGAGGGAGUCCUGUUUUAUCACACCUAUCCUGGGAUUUAAUGUUGGUGAACGAACAAAUACCCACAUAUGAAUACAAGACAGCAGUGGACCAGGCCCAGGGGCAUACUGAACCUGGGGUAUCCAAGGGCCUUGUUUUAGAAAGAACUUGAAAUACAAUUAGAAAGAAGCGCACAAAAACAAUGCCCUGUUGUCUGCUGUGAGUCUGUGUUCUAACUUCCGUGACGGCUUAGUGAGCUCCGACUGGCUGGCUCUGGGUGUAUCUGGUAGCUUCCUUAUUAUCAUCUUUGCAGCUGGCUUAGUGCUUUUCUCUAGCUCAGGAUUUUAACCGACUCUUGGAUCUAUGCGAAGGGAAGGACCCUUUCCCCAGGAAAGCAUGCAUACACUCCAGUUUUUUUCUUGGAAGUUUAGGGUGUUGGUAGAUCUUUCUCAGGGACCCAGUCAUCUUAUGUGAAGAAGUCCUGCACUACCAGGAUUGGUCACAUGGGCUCUGACCUUGCUAGUGUCCUCUGGUUCUGUGCCCUGUGGAAGACCAAGUCUUACCAAGGUGGCUUUUUUCCCUUCAAGCCAGUGGGUGUUUCCUAUUAAGAACAUGGUGGUAGAUUGCUGAGCCCCUGUGCCUUUAAUCAGUUGAUCUAAAAAAGAAACAGAAAAUUUUAUUUGAGCCAAAUUUGAGGAUUAUAACCCAGGAGGAGCAUCUCACAAAGCCCUGAGAACUGUUCUGCCCAUUAGAAGUCAAGACACAGUUGUAUAAGCUUUUUGAGACAGAGGAGGGUUGUACAUCAAAUGACGUAUAAUUGACAAUUUACAUAAUCCAGACUUGAGCAGCAUGUGACCCCUUAUCAAGAAGGAAUUUUACCCUUAGGAAUUGUUGUCUUAGGAGAACGUUUCUCUUUAUGGUUGAGUGGAAAUUUCUGCUGAUGGGGAAGGUUUGGUCAAUGCAUAACGCAGAUAACACAGCACAGUGGUGGGAGACAGGAGGCCAAAGGGCACAGAUUUUUUGUUUAAAUUUUUCUUGUCUUGCCAUAAAAUGUGUAUCUUACAGUU